AUGGCCACUGAUUCAGAAGCUUUAGAUAUAUUGGAAAAGAAAAUUCAUGAUCUUGAAGUACAAGUUUUUGGUGAAAAGGUUGAAGCGACAGAAAAUUUUAAUCCAAUAAUUGAUUCAUUGCUACAAGCGAACAUCAUGAUGUUGGCUGCAGUCAGCGGAAGAGAAAAAUUUAAUUCACUUUUCAAACGAUUAAACGAAUUAAAUAAUUAUUUAGAUUUGAAUCCACUGACGGAAGAUCCGAAUGGUUUAAAUACAAAACUUAACAUAAUUCUUUCAAUGAAAGACGAAUUGGAAUCGACAUGCGAAAAAAUGGAAAAAAUUGAUAAAUUAAAAACAAUACUCGAUGAUGAUAAAAUUAAAAAUGCUUUACUCCUUAAAGAUGAUUUAAAUAAUUUAUUAAUUAAUCAUUUAUCUAAAAAAGAAAAAUUAAAUGAAAUAAGCAAUGAUGUCAAUGAACUAUCGGUUCAAUUUAAUGAAGUUUGCCUUGAAAUAUCGAAAAGUUUUUUUUUACUUAACGAAGCAAUCAAAUUAUUAUAUGCUAUACAAUUGUUAACAGCACUUAGCUUUUGUAUAUUUGUUACAAAAUCGUCGAAAUUGUCGCUCUCUGCUGCAAUGUUUAUUAAAUAUUAUUUUUCAAUAAAUUUAUUUAAAGCUUAA